CUCGCGGGUCAGUGAGUUUGACUCGUCCGACUGGAACAACGGUACUCGAAGGGCGACCUCUCUCGCUGGCGGGGGCGGAGCGGGAUCGAAGCUGGGCAUGGUUGAUCCAUACAACGUCGGUAUUAACGCGGCGACAUCCUCCGUGGCGCCGUCCAGUGUGUUCGCCCCCGAUAGCAGGAGAGAGUCCACGACAAGCUUGCAUCAAGUUCUGCCCGGUGGAGCACCAUCAGCAGCAGCCAACAUCCGGUCCGUCUCUUGCGACCCCGCCUCCCUACAAUACGCGGCGAGUGGAGCUGCUGUUGCUACGAACGGCCGCCUGCCGCUCUUGCGUGUGCCCCAGCGACUGAUGAAAGUGCAGCCCAUCACGCUGGUGACGCCACGAAGAUUGAGCGCGGACACGUUUCAGCAGCAGACAAGCUCUGGGCCGCUGAACACGCCACGGGGGAUCAUGCUCAGUGGAAAUAACGCGUCGGCGGGCAUGAUAGGGGGCAAUCGGCGCAGCGUGUCUGUGUUAAGCAAGACAGCGGACUUCGUGCAGAAGAGAAAUUCCAAGCAAUCUUCGCAAUUCGGCAGCAGCGACGCGGAGAGCUUGAGUAGACAGGGUGGAGGUACGAGCAAAGAAGCAUUACCCUCACCGAAGAAGCCAAAUCCCUUCGUCGUGCAAAGAUUUUUGUCCGGAGCAGAAGUGGGGGUCGGGGAAGUGGACCUAGACAGUGGAGCGCGGCUCGCUACAGUGGCCGCAACUGCGUCAUCUUCCUCGAUAAUUGCAGGAGAUACGAAACCGGUGUUGCAGGUCACGGAGAAGCGGCUGUCAAAACAGAUGGUUGUAGAAGACGACUUUCCACCUCCGACCAGCACCGUUCGUGGUGGUCAGCAAGGAGCCCCUACUUCUGGACAACUUUCGGAUGCGCAACUGCUAUCAACCCAGAUUGCUCCCUCUGCCUCCGCCAUGUGGACGAAUGAGCGAAAGCAGAAACUAUCCACGAAAAAACACCCAUCCCCAUCCAAUUUGUCAUGCAAAACAUGCAUAAAAUCCACUAUUUGUCAUGCAAAAAAUGGAUGGGGAUGGGUGUUUUUUCCUGGAUAGAAACACCUGCCCCGCUACACGGCGCACACUUUCUCGUCGCAACAAAAGGGCACCACACCACCCGUGACCGUGAAUGUCGUAGAAGGUGAAGGGAACGAUGAAGGCAAUCACGUACAACCUGAGCAAGAAACUACCCGAUUGAUGUCCCACAACAUCUCCCAGCCCCUGCUUCCGGACUGCACGGACGUUGGCACGAAUCAGAAUCUGGUCAAGGGUUUCUGCGGCAACCCGCCCAACCCCCAGAGUGUGGCGUUUGUCGCGGAAACGGUGGCGCUGCGGAUUGAGGGGUACGACAACUUACCAGUGGACGCGUACAGCGAGAUCACGUUUCAGAACAACACCUACACCAACGCGCGCAUCUUGACCGCGGAACCGGUGCCGAUCCCGCUUUUCCGCGGCGAGUACGUGCGAAUCAUGAUUAAAAAACGUGGUGCGGGGGUCGGCGGGUACGAGUGCUACUUUCCUGUGGAUUUCGUGAAACAAAACAACGCCAGGCUCGGCGCUGGGAUCGACACGUGGUUUGCGAUGGCCACGUACCAGAAAACCAACACGCCCGAGGCGACGUUCAAAGCCUGCGUAAAGCACGGCAUGCAGAUGAACUACCCGCGCAUCAGGGUGACAACAGGAAAUUUUCGGAAUGCACUGCAAUUUUACGAAAACCGCGUGGCGCUGCUGGAGACCGAAAAGUAUUUUUCUAUAUGGAUACCUCUGCGUGUCCUCCCUUUGCUUUGUUUAUCUUUGCAUUUCUUGUCGAUUUGUUUGGUGCCCUCGACGUCUCUUCCGCUAGAAUGUACUGGCGCAUUAUUCAUAUGCAGCAUGUUCAUUCUGAAACUGCAUGCUCUCAUGCAUCUUUGCUCUCAUUCCCCAUCCCCGAGUCCUCCUUGUCAAAAGCUGCUUGGCUCAAGUCUUAGUAAACCUUUUUUUUUCUGCCAAAUGUCACUUGUUUGACAGACCACACGGUAGGGCGUACUACGAGCAUGGUGAUGUUGAAGUUGAUCACAACAUAUAUACGGCUUGUGGACCUCCACCUCGUGCUUACAUAUUAGAACACAAACGAAAAUCUUCUACCCAAGAAGCAACUUGCAUUUUCAAACGUUGUGACCGCGAAUAACGAGCGAAGCCGCGAAGUCAUGUAUAGAUAAGAACUAUCCAUUUCCAUCCCUAUCACCACGUGCUAGUGCACCUACUUGUACAUCGACAUCUCUUUCUACACCAUGCGUAAAUGCAGAUCGUAGAAAAUCAUGAAAAGGGUUUAGGAAAAAUAUCAGAAGCACACUGCCCGACACACAAACUUGCCACAGUGAGGGGAUCCUGAGAAAUUCCAACGCGAAAUCCAAAUGCAAAUCAAAUCUUCGUGGUUCCAAAUUUAUCUUCGUGCAGCUCGUUUUUCUACGAAGAAAAACAGUACUGGUAAACAAAGCUACAGUUGACAAAUGAAGUCAGAAAAACAUACAAGAAAAAUGCUUUUUAAGCACUGGCAUGCUCAUGUAGCAGAAAUCAUCUUCCGCAGACCAAGUAAACGAAAAUCUCAAGCUCAGCCUAAGUAUCUCUUUGACAUCAGUUUCACUUUCGCCUUGAAUGAUUUUGAUUUCCAGGACCAAAAUUGACGGCAUAAUUAGCAUUAGGUCAAGGAGUCGCGAAAAUGUUGUUGAUCUAGUAUAGGGGUCCAUAAUAUAAUUUUGGCGAAGAAACCACGCAACGUCAUCAUUAUAGUCACGCAUCGUCUUAUUUCUUAGCCCCCACCGAAAAAGUAGAGCAACGCUAUUUUUUUGCGAAAGAAAUCUUCACUUGACUCGACAACCCAUCGAUCAAAACCACUACGUCAUGCCGAAAAUCCGCACCCUGCGCACGAAGCCGCCGCCGGCGGGGUUUGAGGACGUGGAGGGGGUUCUGAUGGAGUUGCAGCAGAAGAUGACUGAGGCGGUGAACGAGUCCCACGAGGGCAAGAGAAGAAACGAGGCGCAGUGGCCCAUCUUUCGCAUCGAGCACCAGCAGUCGCGCUACAUCUACGAACUGUACUACCGACAGAAAAAGAUCACGAAGGAGCUGUACGACUGGCUGGUCGAGGAGAAGUACGUAAAUGCCUCUCUGAUCGCCAAGUGGCGCAAGCCGGGGUACGAGCGGCUCUGCUGCUUGAAGUGCAUUCAACUAUCAACUGUAAAAAUGUCUGGGUCUGGAAGAAUUCAUGUUUGGCAUGCUUGUCUGGCAUGACUCUUAAGUCUGUCAUGCACGUUACCCAAGAGCCCCGUUUUUCUGUGAUGCAAAAGCGCAGUUUGUCAUGCAGAAUAGGCAACACCUAGGAGCUCAGAAACUUGUCAUGCUGAGCCAGCAUUUGUGGCCUCAUCAUGAGACGCCACCCAGCAUCACAAGUUUCCAGACCCAGACACUUUUACUUUUGAUAUCAACCGAAGGACAGCAACCACGGGACCACCUGCAUCUGUCGCGUCCCCAACCACAAGCUGCACAACAAGGGCAUCAUCGAGUGCCAGCACUGCGGGUGCCGAGGCUGUGCGAGCGGCGACCAGAAGAUGACGCGGAAGGCAAAUUUGGUGAACGAAACCGCAGGGAGCAGCGUCCAGGGCACCGGCCCAGACGAUCCCGUCUGCGACCCGGUGGGCAUCAACAAAAACAACAAACGACCCGCCCCAGUCAGACCAGAGGAUGACUUUGAUUCGGACGACGAGUUCAAGCUGUGAGGAGAUGAAAAGUUCUUGAGAUAAUCGAAAAAUCGAUGUGAACCUGUGCUUUUGACAAUGUUGCGGCACAUGACUUCAUGCUGUACCACACGACAAGCAUUGAUUGAUUUUUUUGAUGAUUGAAAAGAACCUGAUUUUUCAGACUCUUCCCCCGUUGCCAUUUGACUUGAAACUUGAUUCACGAUAGAAUUGAGCAUCCUCAUCUCAACCCACCUGCUCACUGAACAUAUAUGAACCUGUACACCAUUUUGUUGGCGCUUAUUUUUCCGAAGUCAUAAACCAUAGAACCACGAUAGAGCGUUCUAUUAGAACGCUCCUCGUGUCGUCCCAAAGGUGGACUUGUAUUUGUUGCAAACCUGGUGCUAUUUUUGAAGUCGCGCUCUUUAGAGCGGAUCGGAUCGCUUCUCGUACUCGUAGUAGUUGUGCAGCGCUUCGUGGUUUUAUUUCGUUGGGAAAGCACCAAACACUUAUUCGUGAUGGAUUUGUCUUUGCUUCGAGAGGGCGGAGAGAUCCGGUGACAAUGUUGUGUGUCUCAGUCUUGCGAGGACGAGUGCAGUAUCGUGAUAAUCAUAUGGACGGUGCUCCGUGCAUUACUGGUAUGUGAUCCGGACGACAGCGAUGGUUUCUCUUUUCAUAUAUGCGCUUCGUCGCCGGACCGAUGCAUCUGCUCCUGCAGCUCGUGCAUUAUUUUUGCCUGUACAAAUCCUCAGAGCAGUAGGGUUCCAAAUUCUAUACCUCAAUCUCAUCACAUUCACAGCCUCCAGCAGCGCGAGCGGAUCGUGAAGCAAACGACCGAGUUGGAGACGUUAAAGCACGAGGCCCACCAUAACUACCUCGUCACCGGGUACCGCAGUCCGCGUCGCGCCUCACCGGACCAACCGAGCGAAUCCAUCCGCACGGUGGAUCUCGGGACAACGAGGAACGCGUUCACGCCCCAAAGCCCCUACGUGCGGAGCAAAUACUACGACAAGACUGGAGCAGGUGGUGAUGGCGCGAGAAGUAAGAAUGGACAAUAUGGAAUCCGAGGUACUACGUAUUUGUAUAUUGAAAGGAGUCUGCUGUGUUGCCAGCUGUGAUGCUGUCAUGAAAAAGAUCUUCCGAAAAGAAUAGCCUGCAGCUCAUGUUGAUGCUGUCGUUGGUCAUCUCUUGUAGAUGUAAAGACAAAAACAAGAAGAAGUUAGAAGAGAAAUGACUAUGAUGAUGUUGUGAUUACGAACACCCAGAUGUUGACGGUGCCGGCAGCGACGAGCAACAAGCGCCAAGUAGUACGGGCGUCGCCUCCGGCCUGCCCGCGCCGAACCGGAAACCUAAGGCGUUCGGCUUCAAGAAGCCGGACGAAAGCAACAAGCCAAGUUCAACCACGCUCGGCAUCCAGAACAAGCUUUUCCCACCGGCCAGCAAGACCUCCGAGGGCGAAACGGAGCCCGUUCCUCUGCUGUCCGCGGUUGAGGAGAGCGAACAGGACGGAGAGGAGACGAACACCGAAGCGCCGCAGAGUGCCAGCGGGUCGGCCAGCAGCUCGGAGGCGGUGGUCGUCUUGCCGGACCGGCGACAAGCAGUGCCGCAAAGCGGAGAUGAGGGCGAUGUCGCCGCGAAUGAGGAAGGAAACGACGGUCCGCAUGUAAUCCGGUUGGAACCGGCGUCCUCCGCGGAUGAGGCGGAGGAUGUCUUGGAGGCGGACCAGCAACACGAGCCCGAGCAGGAUGGUGCAGCCAUGACAAUUGCAACAGGAACAGCAGGACCAGGAGCCGGGGGAAAGCAGCCCACUCCCAGUAACCGAUUCCACUACUAUGCCGAGGCCCCAACUGCUUUCCAAGAAAUUGUGCAAAGUGUUUCAUCUGUGCCCGACCCUAAGCACGAGGUCGAGCCGAGCAGCGAGGAGGUCCUACCAGAUCCAGAUGAAGAUGUCAAAAAAAAUGCAGCGGUAAUUGCCGGUGCCGUCGUGGCGGGAGAGGGUGCGGCAGACCCAGACGUAGACCGUCAUCUUGUUUCAUCUUCGUCUACCGCUGCCCCAGUGGCCGCCAGCAAGCCUUCUGUAACCGUGGUCAAAGCCAAAAGCAUCUACACAACGGCUGCGAAAAGCCUACCAUCCAGUACUACCUCGGAAACGAACCCCAGCGUGACAGGAGGAAAGAGUGGUGCUGUCGAUCUCUCCAGAGAAGAAAUACCAAUAAAGAAAGCAAAGCUACGAGAUAGCUUAGACCUACCUGCGGGUCUUGCAGGUGAACAAGCAGCAGCGGCUUCGCUAACUGACCCCAACCGGGUGGCAGAGCUCUUGCUAGGGAACAUGGAAAAGCUGGCGGCCGGCGUCGAGGCACUAUUGCAGCAAACGUCGUCAAGGUCUAGCAGUACCAGUAGAGCAUCGAAAGACCACGCCGAUCAUGCGCUUGCGACGAGUGCAGAGGGAUUAAUACUAGACGAUGUCCUCCAAGCUGACGAUCAUGAACCCAAAGUAGGAGCAGAGCAGAAGCAGAAGGCAUCUCCAAGCGUGGUGGUCUCGGCCGGUACUACAGCUGACAUCUGCGUCGAGCAACAAGUAGAACAAAAUGUCGGCUCUUCAACGAAGCUGCCAUUGGAGGUGGAAACAAGGGCUGCGCAAAAGGAAAAGCAAACCGACGUUUACCGCAUUGACGAAGAAGUCGUCGAUGGGAAGAAGACAGUACUAGCAGAAAAACGAGAACAGAAACGCACGGCGGCACAGCAAGAUCAUCAAGAUGACUUUGUCUUUGAUAGUGCUGCCGGUUCUCGUUGUUCACCGAUAAAGAAAGAACCAACUCUUGCUGCACCAGAGACCGAGCUGCAACUACGAGGGGUGGUGGUGGAGCCACACGAGGCAUCGCCGCAGAUCAAAAUUGUUGGAGAGGAGGAGUUUGUCAAGCUGCGGACAGAAGAACAGAAAAUCGACAGCGCGCUCCCGGACGCAAGUGUCAGCGAAGCGGAACUGCCAAACACCAGCACGCAGAUCAAAAUGCAUCAAGAACAGAUGAUCGCGCAGCAGGAUUCGCCCGAAGACGUUCGCGCGGCAGGAUCUGCACCACGAGAUCCAGUGAUCCCCCCGGAAACUGCGGUCGUCUCCUUGCCAGUAGACGAAGAGGAAGAUGAUCCGCUGACCAGGACGCAAACUGCCCCAUCGCCGCAUGAAGAGCCGGCUUUGCCGACGAGGGAACAAGUUCAAGUAGAAGCAGAAAACGAAUUAGCUCUCAUCGUGCAGCAGGAAGAAGCGCAAAGACGAACUGCAUUCGAAUGCGCGAUUGCUCCACCAGCGCCUCCCCCUGCAUCAACAUUUGAUGUCGCAGUCCCAGUCGCAAAAGACCGUUCGCAUUCCCUGCAAAACCCAAACCUUCCCCCAACCCGACGGUCGGAUCAAGAAGUGGACCAGCAGAGGACGCAGCACAUGCUCGAAGAGUACCAGCGAUUAACAGCGCGGGAGCGAGAGGUGGAGAGUGCGUUGCGGCGGUCGCGGGAAGGCGCGUUUUCCCUUUCCUCGAGCUUUUUGGAGAAGGUAGACUUGCAGGAGCAACGCGAGGACUUAUCCGCGCCGGUUUUGCCCCCACGAGCUGAUCCUGUUCGCAUCGCGGCGCCCCCUAGCACGAUUUUAAACGGAAAAUCUAGUAGUAACUCGCGGUCGACGUCGAGCUCAAAGACCAGCAUACGGAACCAUCUUGGUCUUGCACCUGCCCCGCCUGUGGUUCGCGAAAGUCACUUCGUUAUCGCGUCCGUCGCGCCCCCACCGCUGGUGCAACUCGGCGUCCAGCCGCAACCGCCAAAGUUGAGCUCGCCCGGCUUGUUGGAUUUGGAACAGCAAAAGCCAUCGCCAUCGUCUAUUGCCUCCUGGCCGGGAUCAACCUCUGGAGGAGGAGGUCCACCUCCACCUGGCUUGUUGAUGAUGAAUCCAAAUUCUGGUGGUUCUUCUUCUUUCGGCGGUCCUCUCCUUCCCGCACCGCCACUUCGUCACAGCCCGAUUCCAGUACCGGCGUUGACGCCUGCGAUCCCGCUGAACGUCGUGUUCUCUAGCAGCAACUCGCAGAACACGACCUCCUCGUCCGUGAUGCUGGCGGCAAGAGGUGCCGGAGCCGGUGCAGUUGCUUCCAGUUUUCCCUUGUUGCAGCAGCACCAGCAGCAGAUUCACUAUGAUUCUCCGGUCGUCCAGCAGGAACUGUCGCCGACUACCGCACUGCGGGAUUGGCUAGUGAACCCGCCUUGUCCGCUGCUCACCGGGUUUUCGCAGGACGAACGAGACGGUGCGCACUUUUACGGUGACACGCACAUCGAGCUCAUUCUGCGGAAAACUGCACCUGAUUCCGAGAUGAAUAAUGGAUCCUCAACAUUUACGUCGCAAAUCGCCAUGGUGUCACCUCCAGGGACGAACAGCAAAGCUCAACUCUUCGCACGGUUGGCAGACACGAGUACUCCGCUAACGUACGAACCGCUGGAGGUUAUCGUCCAGAAAGUGCACGCGAUGGAGAAGUUGGCGUGAACACAUUGAGCCGGUCGUCUACGCUUGAUGAAGGGUCGCGGCAUAUUAGGAGUCUGCUCCGGUGUGUGAACAAACUUCUCGUCUGAUGAAAAUCCCACUCGUUACCACCCUAGAACUUGUACCUGCGCCUGCAGCGACGUGCCGCAAGAGUGAAGUUUCGUCUACGGACCAGUUGUACCUGCACCUGUUUAAGUUUAUCUAAAUGCUCCAUUUGAAUUUUCACCCUCUCGUAAAAAUACAGAACGAAGGACGAAUAAAUCAAAAGCAAAAGUCGACGAGAAUCGUAUGCAAAAAAAAUUGUUGUACCAAAACGAAAACGAAAAGUGCUUCAAGAACUCGAUGAAUACUACAAUGAUGAAUGAAUGAAUACCAUAUACGGAAGAUAAUAAGAAGCUUGAUUCGCAGAAGAUGCAAUGGACGACCCUCUGUCACGGUUUCAUCGCUGAAAGGGCGACCAAAUCUCAUUUGG